GGUGUAUAAAUGUGCAGCGGUGAGCGGUGCGGCAGAUAAGCAACAAGGGCAGAUAUGUUUAAUUAGGGCAGCAAAGAGAUGAUUAGAAAAGGCCACAUCCAUAACAGUAUUUCUUCAGUAGGUUAGGAGCAGUUUUCUGGUAAACGUGUCCUCCAAUCCUGUAGAUGGCGUCGACUAAAAGUACUAGUCUUUAACCUAAAGCUUUUUGUCCUCGUUGGGCUUCCUUCCUUCCACAGCGUGGAUUUCAAUGACAUUUUGAGCUUUCAUAAGAUAGUUCUGUUUUCUAGCUUUAAUCAUGUCGUUAGCUUUUACAUUCAGAAUGGCCACAAGAGAAGCCGUAAAGGUCAGCAUCGGCCAGCCUGUGUUGUGUUUGCACUCAGGAUUUCAGCUGCUGGCUGCAGAUAAAGCCCUGCUGAUGAAACUGAGGAAAAACACGGGCUACACCUUCAUUAACUGCAAGAAAGCCCUGGAGAAGUUUGAGAAUGACAUAGCACAGGCUGAAAGCUGGUUGCAUGAGCAGGCCCAGAAAGAAGGCUGGGCAAAAGCCAGUAAGCUGGAGGGUCGAAAAGCCAAAGAGGGUCUGAUUGGCCUGUUAGUGGGGAAUCAAACUGCAGCGAUGGUGGAGGUGAAUUGUGAGACAGACUUUGUUGCCCGUAAUGAGAAGUUCCAGCAGCUGGUGAAGGAUGUGACGUUGGCCACAUUGGCUCAUCAUCAGAAUAAGAAUCAAAGCCAGACAGGAUAUGUAAAGAGUGUUCUGGUUGGUGACGAGUUGAAUAAACUCACGAUGGCAGAAGGAUCUUCAUUAGCUGACCACGUGGCUCUCACAAUAGGUCGCCUUGGUGAAAACAUGUCUCUGAAGCGAGCGGUGACUCUGGGGGUCCCUGCUGAGUGGCACAUAGGCUCAUAUGUGCAUGGCAAUAUCAUCAGCCAGACCAAGGUGUCAAUGGGCCGCUACGGUGCUCUGGUCAUUUUCCAGGGUGGAAAGGAUGGAGAGCGAGAUACUUUAGGUCGUAAACUUGGACAGCACAUAGUGGGGGAGGACCCUUUGUCUCUAGGCAACAUGGAUGACCUGCCUUGUGGUGAAUCUGAGACACGGCUGCUGCCUCAGACCUUUCUGGCAGACCCCAGUAGGACCGUGGCGCAAUUCCUCAAGGGUCAGCAGGCUCGAGUGUUGGACUUUGUCCGAUUUCAGUGUGGAGAGACUCUAGGGGAAUGAGAAAGAAGAAAUCCCAAAACAUUUCUGCUUUUCCCAUGUACAGCAAAGAAAUGCAAGAGAAAGACUCAGAGUGGUAUUAUGAAUGUGAUAGCAGAAUGGUGUAAAUUUGGAUUAAAAAUGUAACAAGAAACUUG